AUGACGGGCAAUGACUCGCAGCUAUUCGCCACCGGAGUGUACGGUUGUGUCAAGACGGCAGCUUGCUUCGUCUUCCUGGUCUUUGUGGCAGAUUCGCUAGGCCGGCGCUGGAGUCUGCUUUGGACAGCUGCUUCCCAGGGUAUCUUCCUCUAUAUUGUGGGUAUCUAUGGAAGGGUUCAGCCCCCCAUCAAAGGAGAGCCUGUCACCGCAUUCGGAUAUGUUGCCAUAACGUGCAUCUAUCUCUGGGCCGCUUCGUUUCAGUUUGGCUGGGGCCCCGUCUGCUGGAUUCUGGUCAGCGAGAUCCCAACUGCGCGACUGCGUGCCACAAACGUGGCAAUUGCGGCGGGCACCCAAUGGCUUUUCAACUUUGUUUGCGCUCGAUCCGUUCUCACCAUGCAAGCCACCAUGGGCAAGGCUGGCUAUGGCAUGUUCUUCAUGUUUGGUAGCUUCUGCUUCAUCAUGGGCCUCUUCGUGUGGUUCUUUGUGCCGGAAACCAAGGGCCUUAGUCUGGAAAGCAUGGACGACUUGUUUGGCGUGACGGAGCUUGUAAAGCAGGUUGAUGCUGAGCCCGAACUCGGCGCCCCCGACAGCAUUCGCGAGGAGCGGGCAGACAUCAAGACUUGA